AUGGUUCUUUCAAAGCCUGUGCAGGCCGGGCCCAAAGAAACCAGCUCACUUGAACGCCGUUACAGCGGUAAAGGAACUUGGUUUAUCCCAGAUACCGGCGCAUGUGGCGAUGUGAACUCCAAGUCGGAUUAUAUUGUGGCAAUGAAUUAUGCCCAAUAUAAGAACGGUUCUCCCUGCCAUAAGGUUGUGGCCAUCAAAAACAACGCCAACAACAAGGUUGUGAAAGCUAAGGUUACUGACGAGUGCCCCAGCUGCGCUUACGGCUCGUUGGACCUUUCGCCGGCCACCUUUGAAGCAUUAGGUAACUUAGACACCGGUGUCAUACCUAUUUCUUGGGAUUGGGCUUAG